UUUUUACAGACGAACGAAAGAUACCAAUGAGUAAAAUUAUAAUCCCGUAUGCAGUUCAUUUAGGACAUAUAACUAAGUUUCUAUAUAAUAUUAUGCCAGUCUAGUUCUUCGUUCUUGGGUGGAUAAAAAAGAUCACGAUUUGAAAACCGACAGCUGACACUACGACAGCUGAUAUUUACAUAUUCCAUUGACCAUUACACAAUACUGAAAACACAUCUCAGUUUUUACUUUAUUUUCGUUCGAACUUUGAAGUGAAACAUAUUUGUUAUUAGGUAAAAUUAAGAUAUUAUUAAUUGUAUUAUAUUCCCGACAGGGUGAAAACUAUACAGUUAGUGGUUGACAAAGUGGAGAAGAGGUAUUUAAAAAUAUUGAUAAAGUGAAAAAUGAGUGGGGUGACGUGCAAUCAGAGAUGUGCGAACUGCGAACUAAAUUUUGGAAAUGGGUAACGUGAGUUUGAAUGGUGAUUUGACUCGUUACUCGUUAGUCGUUACCGCAGAAAAAUUAGCUACCGCAUGUUACCGUCCAGCUCAGCCUAUUGAUUUAUCGGGUUUGGAUCAAUCCAGGAAAUACUAUUUACUAGAAACAAACUAUGAAAACUUGUGUUGACUUAUUAGUGAAAUUUGACUAGCGAAAAUAAUGGCAAAAUUAAAUUAAACGAAAAUAUCAUUAAUCCCAAUAUAUACUAUCUUUAUAUGAAAUGUUGAAUUCACAUUAGAUAAAAAACUAAUGAUUUGAUACCACAUAGAUUAUUAUUUGCUUCCUUAUCGUUAUUUUAUUUUUUUAUUUUAUUUUAAAAGGCACACUAACGAAACACAUACAAACACUUACAGAGAACACAUAACAUAGAAAACAAGAUACAUGCAUGUGCAUCAAUAACAAGUGUGCACAACAUUUAAAGGGAAACAUUACAAUAAAGAAAAGAAAAUAAUAAAUAUAUUCUAAUAGUCUUGGAUGUUGACACUUGACAAGCCCCCAAGUCUUAAAAAGCAGCCAAAUUUGUUUAUAUAUGAUGGGACUAUGAUAAACUGAAUUUGUGAAAACAAUAAAAUAUUAUUAAUAAUAAUUAUUUUUACAUAGUACAUAAUUGGGGAUGGUUUAAAUAAAUAUUUCAAAUUAUAGUUCAGUUAUGUAUUGACAUGGUGUUGGUAAAUUUGAUUAUCUUAAUUAAAAAUUAAUAAAGAAAAAGUAUGAACUUAAAUAAUGAAUGAGUAUUUUCUCAUAUUUAUAUAUCUUAAAUAAAUAAAUCGUUAACUUUUCUUGUUUAUUUUUAUAUUAAAUAUUAUAUUUUAGUUGAAUACAUUACAUGAAUAAUGUUUUUAUUUCAUUAAAAUAGAUAGUAAUCUGAAAUCUCAUUCAAGCUAUUUUAUAAUAUGUACAUUCAAAUAAUUUAGAUGUUUUGUUUUAUCAAUGCUUAAGGAUACAGUUUUAAGUCAUUUGUGGUUACAACAAAACCCAUAUAGAUUAUUACAUCUUAAAUUAAAAUACCAAGAAAAUCAAGAUAUCAUUUAAUUAUAUGAAUUUUUCUUGGUCUUUGUACAAUUGAAAUGAUUUAAAUGCAUGUGAUAUUGUUUGUAUGUUUAUGAAAUGUAACUCAAGGUUUGUUUUCAGUUAGGCAUUGUCAAGUUAUAAUAUGUCCGGAGUGGGAGCACGAAUGGCAGCGUGGCGCGCGCACGCGUACGGCGGCGUCGGCGAGCUGCGACUCGAGAGCGCCCGCGUGCCUCCGCUCCGAAGCGCCGACGACCUGCUCGUGCGCGUCACCGCCGCCUCGCUCAACCCCAUCGAUCUCGCCAUGCUAGAUGGAUACGGAUCGCGCAUAUUGAACACGCUUAGACGUCUGGAGGGCGCAGACGUCGAGUUCCCGUUGGUGCCGGGGCGCGACUUCAGCGGCGUCGUAGUGCGGGCGGGUCGCGGGGCGCGACUGCAGCCCGGGACGCGCGUGUGGGGUGUCCUGCCGCCGCAUCGACCCGGUGCGCUCGCAGAAUACGUCGCGGUGCCCUCGCGUUGGGCGGGGCCGGCGCCCGUCGCGCUCGAUCCGCUCGCCGCGGCCGGAGCCCUCUACGCCGGCCUCACGGCCGCGAGUGCCUUGCGGAUCGCCGGUCUAGCGGGAGCGUCCGCGCUAGGAGCGCGCGUGCUGCUGCUGGGGCUCGGGGGCGUCGGCGCGGCCGCGCUGCAGUUGUUAGUGCAGGGCGGCGCACGGGUGGCGGUGAGCUGCGCGCCCGAGCAGGCCGCCGAGGCGCUCGCGCUCGGCGCCGUCGCGGCGCUUCACCGCGGCGAACCGGACUACGAGGCGCGGGUGGCCGCCUCGGGCCCCUUCGAUGCGGUGCUCGACUGCGGCGGCGUCGGCGGCUGGGCGGCCGCAGAGGCCGCUUCACGCUGGGGUUUCUCGCGGUACGUGACGCUGACGACGCCGCUUCUGAGCGAAUGUGAUUCGCGCGGGCUGUUGGCGGGGAGCGUCACGGCGCUAGGAGCGCUGUCGGCGCAGACGUUCGGAGCGAUGCGAGGCGCCCUGGCGCGUAACCGGGAAGGGCCCUGCCCGCCUCACGUGCGCUGGGCGUUCUUUGUGCCGAACGCCUCCGAUAUAGAGAUGCUGAGACGGCUCGCCGAGCGCGGGCAGUUUCGGGUGUCGGUGCAGCGCGUGUUCGGAUGGCGAGAUGCGCCGGCGGCGUUCGCGGCGCUGGCCGAGGGACACGCCAGAGGCAAGCUGUUGCUCGACUUCAGCGAUUGAUCGCUUCUUUUGCUUGUGAAAUACCUCCAUUCGGAUAUUUUAUAAGACUGCUUUAGAUUUAGUGUUGUUCGGUUUUUAAAAUAUCUAUAAAAUUAACUACUAAGUAAUAAACUCGACUGAAGACUGCAGUUUCAUUACAACGUAAGGUCCUCGUGAGCUUUCGUCAUCUCGGAUAUGUUUCUUUGAUAUUUUGUCUAAGACAAGCUGUUUGUGCUUAAAACUAAUAAAACUAUUAAUAUAUCAGUUA